AUGCCCCUCUUCACAAGCUUCGAGUGCGAGGAAUCGAAAGGCAAUAGGGCCUUGUUCGUGCGUGGCGAGUACGACCAGAACAAGUGUCUCUUGACGGUUCUGUUAGCGGUGUCGGCCGCUUAUCUGCGCUACAAGGACUUUCUAAGGACGUGGCUCCGUGGCCACGGCGUUUCUGGUUUGGAGUGGUGCGUCGCAGAUAACGACACGGAGAAGCUGUUCGACGUGUUCGUCUCGUUCAGCAGCAAAGACGUCGAAUGGAUACACGAUGAAAUCGUUCCGGGACUGGAGGCUAUGGACUUUUCGUACUGCACUUACGAGCGAAACUUCAAGGGCGGCUAUCUGCUUCAGGAUAUCAUUCGUGAUGCUGUCUCCUGCUCGCGGCGGUCGCUUCUUGUCCUUACAGAGAAUUUCUUGGCGAGUGAGUGGUGCCGCUUCGAGUUCCGGUUGGCACACCAGCGCGCUCUUCGGGACAACAUCAACCGGCUAGUCAUUGUCUUGGUGGACGAAAUUGACCCUGGUGAGCUCGAUGAAGACCUGCGGCUGUACGUGCGGUCAGCGAACUACCUGCGUUGGGGCGAACCAAACUUCUGGGACAGGCUAGUGUACUCACUGGACACGAAAGAAGCCCAGAGAAAGCUUAUCGUCAAGAGGGGCCCUGUGCACAUCACCUCCAAUGCUACCGACGACAUUGAGCUGAAUUAGCUCAUCUGG